AGGAGCUGAAGGAGGGCGGGGAGGAGCUGAAGGGGAAUGGGGAGGGGCUUGAGGUUGACACCGCCCAGCUCUUAUGCACUUCAGCAUGGCUUUGGCCUCGUCCGGCUCUGGAGCCGGGCUGUUGCGUUUUCUGCGUCUAGUUGGGCAGCUCAAGGUGAGCGGGUGGGAUCGGCUUGGCCGGGAGGCGGUGCGGCCCAGCUCAGGCACCGACCUCACGCAACCUCCCUCGCUCAGCCCGGCGUUGCUGGCGGGUACGCAGCCGAGGCUGGACCGGGGACUCGUGCACGCUCCAUGCCCAGCGCGGCCACAACCCAGGCCAUGGCGAUGCUGCGGAGCGGCAGCGGAAGGCAGGAGCCGAAACCCCUGCACAGAGUUCCACGGACUGGCUGGGUAUACAGAAAUGUCGAAAAGCCAGAAAGCGUGUCAGAUCACAUGUACCGGAUGGCAGUUAUGGCCAUGGUGACCAGAGAUGACCGUCUUAACAAGGAUAGAUGUAUACGCCUAGCCCUGGUUCACGAUAUGGCAGAAUGCAUCGUUGGGGACAUAGCACCCGCAGAUAACAUCCCUAAAGAAGAGAAACACAGGAGAGAAGAGGAGGCUAUGAAACAGAUAACCCAGCUGCUGCCAGAGGACCUCAGGAAGGAGCUAUAUGAACUCUGGGAAUUCUUACAGGAAAAGUAAGGAAACUGAUUGAUUUUGUUGACAGCAGGAACGGCCUUUCGCCAGCUUCAUCCCAACACACCCAGUCAGACUGCUCACUUCUAGGCCUGUGCACUCCUGAACAGUUCAGUGUUCGAGACUUCUCUGUGGUUGGUUCUUCACAAUGGCUCCUAGAGCAUCGUUCCCUAAUGUCUUGCAUUUGACUCAGUCUCUUGGUAAAUUUUUUUUUGUUGUUGUUCAUAAAAUUAACUCUCUCUGGAUAUAAAAUAUCUAGCUCAUAGUUUCUUUUCCUUGAGUAUAUUAAGUCCAUUUUUCUUUUUCUUCUAACAUAUAGCAUUGCUGUCAAAGUCUGGCUGUCAAUUUAUUCUCACUAUAUGCCAGAUUCUAUUCUUAUAUAGGAGUACAAAGAAUUUCUUUUCUGUCUGUUAAUUUUCAUUAGAAUGUAUCUUUGUAUUGAUCAUUCUGAGUUAAUUUCCUUGGGUAUUUAAUCUGUGCUUUUAGUAUAUUUUAGGGAAAAAAAUGUAACUGCAAGGAAAUUUUAUUGACAUCUAGCUUUUGUUUUUCUUUCUUUAUUUAUUUUAUUCUACUCUUGCAUGCUUUUGUUCUUUUUUGCUAGCUGUCAGUGUUUUCCAGUUUCUUGGAAACCCUUUGUAUCUUACUUUUUAAAAUUGUUAAAGGGAUACUCUGUUUCCGUUUGUACCUCUCUUAGGCGUAUUAUUUGUGCUCAGGUGCCCCUAGAUUCCACAUCACUUAGAAAUCUUCUCAAAAGUGAGCUUUACCUCUCUUCUUUUCUAGGUUGUUCCUUAGCGUCUUACUUUUGUGUGCGUGUCUUUUAGUUCUUUGGGAGUAGUUUGUGGUAGGUUUGAUCUACUUUCAGAUCUGAGAAUAUCUUUCUGGUGUAAAUGGGAAGUGUGUUACUUUCUCUUCUAUCUGCUAAGUUUGUGUGGGAUCUGACCAAUGGCAUUAUCCAUUGCUCAUCUCGGUUUGAAAUCAUAUUUCCUGAACUGAUGGAAUAAGAUUUAAUUCAGGUCUCCCACCUAGGGUAGUAGUUGUUGUUGUUUUUGCUCUGUUUGUGUGUAUGGAUGAGUGUGUGUGUGUGUGUGUGUGUGUGGUUGUAUUGGUGCUUUAAUAAUGUAAUAUUAGGGAAAUAUGGAGACUUUUAAAGGGACUUCUUAACUUUGUUUUCCUUUCCCAUACUUAGGUCUUUUCUUAAUCCUGAUAACCUUUACUCUACUCAGUUUUUAUUCGCUUGCCAGCAUGGGUCCUUGUUCUGGUAAAAGAUGACCCAGGAGUCAGACAGUGAGUAUCUUAGGACUGGACUGUCCUUGUUUAAGCUCCUAGUGCUCAUCUACUGUUGGGUGCACAGAAUCUUGCCCAGUAUCUUUCUGCAUACUUGAAGCUUAUAGUGAACACCCACUGCCUGCUAAGUGUACCUUGUACCCCAGUGCUUUCUUCACACAGGUGCCAGUCUUAAGCAGGCUUUUGGAGGUCAGUGGCUUCUCUCACUUGCAUAUAGUUUGUUUAUUUAUUUAUUUCACUUCAUAAUAAUAUUUCUCAAAUUCUUCCAUAUUUUCCUGUCCUUGCUGCCCAGAUUUUAGAACCUGAUUUUCCUGCUUCCAGUUUACCUACUGCCCCACACUGCAAACUGGAGUAAUCUUUAUGAACACCAAAUCUGAAUGUGCCCCUUCCUCUGGGACCGACCCCACCACGAUGCCCACGAUGCUCAGUAAGCUGAGAUUCCAUACAGGAAGCCUGGGCCCUGAAAACACCAAUGCUUGCUUUCAUAUUUAGGGCUUUCCUUUUCCUCUUCUGUCCUAUGACUCUCAAGUCUGAUGUGAGAAACAGUUCUCAGCAAUUCUUUAACUGUCAGAAUAAUUCUCACCCCAAGAGCUUGGUCUACAGUGUUCUUUGCCCAACCCUGACUUUAAAUUUACUUAUUUUCCAUGUACAUAUGUGUACACGCAUGUAUGACACGGCACAUGUGACGGUCAAAGAACAACUUACUGUUAUUGGUUCUUUUUAUCAUUUGUGUUCCAGUCAUCAGGCUUGGUGACAAGCACAUUUACCUGCUGACUGAAGAGGCAUGUCACCAAUCCCAUGGCUUCUUGUUGAAAGAUAAAAUUACAGAAUGCCGUUACAAUGAAUUUUUAAGGGAAAAUUCAACAAAUUGCAUGUCUUUUAAAGUAUUCUGUAAAUUCAUUAGCAUUCUCUAUACAGUGGGUGGCAUUAGAUUGCUUUCUGUUGCUGUGAUAAAUAGCACGAACGGUAGCAGCUUGGGGAGGAAAGAGCUUAUUUGGCUAACAGGUCCUGGUAAUAGUUCAUCAUUGAGGGAAGGUAGGAUAAUAACUGAAGCAAGAGGAGAGCCAGGAACUACAGCGAAGCACUGCUUUCUGGUUUGCUCUGUCUGGUUUCUCAUACACCUCAAGAGCAUCUGCCCAGGGAGUGGUACCACUCACAGUAGACCUGAGCCUUCUUGAAUCAAUCACUAAGAAAAUUCCCCACAGGCAUGCCUACAGGCCAUUCUGAUAGAAGGAGUUCAAUCCAGAUUCCCUCUUCCCAGGUGACCCUAGUUUUGUGUCAAGCGGACAAAAAACUGACCAGCACAACAAUAUACUGUAUUUCUGAACACUCUUAAUUUUUUUUUUUUUUUUACUGUGAACAGAAAAGAAAUUCUAGAUUGGUUUGCUUAGAGUAUUCAGUGAUGUUUAGCCAAAUUGUGAACCUGAAUUUAACUGUAACUAUAUAACUAUGAAUAUGAAUGAACACUUAAAUAAAAUGUAAUUUUCUAAAAGUGCCUUUGAGAUAAAGCAAAAUAUAUUAGGCUUCAUGUUUAAAUGAUACCGCUGUGUAAGAUUCAGCUCUUACCAAAUUCAAAUGACUGCCUUUAUAAGAAUAAGGCUUCAAAUGCAACUAGGACGCCUUUGAGUGAUUUGUUUAUCGUGUCUCACUGCCAAGAAAGCAGGACUAAAUUAUUAUCUGAACACAUCUGUGGUGGAAUUACACAUGGGAAUUCUGUGGGGAACCAGUUGGGGAUACUUUGGUCUUGAUAGUGAAAGACUCUGAGAGGAGCCCCUUGCUCAGGCCUCAGGACAAUAGCGGACACCCAAGAACUCAUGAUAGACGGAGCUUGUUGCCAACUACAUGAGGCUUUAUUCGGGGAAAGCCAGAGCUCUGGGGACAACUCAUAUCCCAUGCAGGGGUAGAGGAGUCAACCUCGAGGGGAAAGAGGACCCAGUUUUUAUAGGCCCUCAGGGGGGAAAGGAGAAGUGGGGAGUAGGGGAUUUCCAGAUCUAAACAAUAUCUAUUCUAAAAGGAUUGAUUCCUCAAGAAAUGGGUAUGGGAGGGAAACAAGGAAAGAGUCUAAUGAAGGUGCAGCAGUUGGCCCCAACUAUGGUUGCUGGGGUGAUUUUCCCAGCAACCAAUAUCACAAACACCUGGCAGUGAGGUGCAGCAAUGGGCACACACCUGGUCAGAACAUUGGCAGACACACAGGUUCGAGGAGUGGCCAGAGCAUUGUGCACCUCUAUUUUUCUAAAUCAGUGAAGCUAGUUCUGCUAACAAUGAAGUCUAUUUUGCCAAUUUCAGGGCUUCUGUGACCUUUUAUAUUCUGUCAGGAUCUUUCAAUAGAAGAAUGAUUCUGUACAGCAUUAAUUGGAACUUGUUGUGGCAGGUGAUGUGUUCUGCUCUGAGAAUGCCCCUGGAACUCCGUUUCACUCAGAAGGGACAGUGGGAAAGAAAAGGUAGAAAUGUUCCUCCCCUCCCACCAGAUUCACCAUCUCCUGCCAUAAAAAUGCAUACACAGUAGUGUCUGUAAAAUUCAUAAUUCUCUCUAAUGUCCCAAGUAGUUGUAACCCAGAGGGUCUUAACUAAUUAUUCUAGAUGGACCACAAGGAAGGAAAGAAGGGAGGGAGAGAGGGAAGAAGGGAAGGAGGGAGGGAGGGAGAUUAAAACCAAGAAUGGUGAAAUAUGCCUGUAAUCUCAAGUCCAGGGAGGCAGAGAUGGGCAGAUCUCUGGGAUUCCCUGGCCUCCUCGCCCAUGCAGCAAACCACAGGCUGAUGAGAGAUCCCACCUCUGUCUCAAACAUGGUAGACAGCAGUUACAAACAUGUUCAUCUGCACAUGCAUACACACCACACACACACACACAGGCACCCAUACAUAUAAUUAAAUUUCUUUAAAGGAAAAAAAAAAAAACUGUUGACCUUGAAACCAAGACAGGAAGAGAAUUUGGAAGUGUCUGAGACUUCCCCCAGGGCACUCUGUGGUCUUUGUGGAGUGAUAAUGAAUGUCCUUGCAUGGAGUCCUAGUGCUAAUCUGUGCCUGCAAGACACGUGUCUCUAAAUAUCUGUACAGUGUGGAGAAAUGCAGUUGGGAUUGAAUAUUCGUUCCCUAAGCUAUGAUUCUGACUCCAUGUACUCAAGUAGGAAAUUCCCUAGAACCCCCUACCUGGCAGCCUAAUCAUAACCUUUAAAUGUCUCUUU